GCGUGUCAUGGCUAUUUCCGGUAUCUUGUAAACAACCGCUUUACUCUCACAUGGCGCAGGAUUACGCGAGGCAGAUCAGUAAUUAUUAGAUAUUUACUCGCAGGAAAAGUGUUAAUAUCUCAGCGUGUGUGUUUUAUGAAGCUAGUUAACCUGUCAGUCCUGAAAUAACUGCUAGCUAACUAGCCUAGCUAGCCUGUUAGCAGGUUCUCAGCUGUCAGCUUCAUUCUGCAGCUCAGGAGAAGAAAAACCUGAAUUUCGGUGUUUUAAUGAGGUUAUUCUAGAUCCAGCUUGUUUUUUUACCGUGCCACGUGGAAACUGCAGCUGUAACUAAAUUAGCAGGAUGACUUCUGGUAAUCUCAACAUCGACGACAAAGUCCUGCAGUAUGAAGCUUUUAUCAGUGACGUUCUGAAGAGAGAUUUACAGACAGUGUUGGAACAGAGAGAUGGAGUGUAUGAUAAAAUAUCACAGUAUCUCCAGCUGAAGAAUACAAUCAAAAGUAUUCAGGAAGCUGACAGCAAAGAGCUUAAGACAGAUGUAGACCUUGGCUGUAAUUUCUAUGUUCAAGCUCAAGUACCGGACACUUCUAAAAUCUUUGUUGCAGUUGGGUAUGGGUUUUUUGUUGAGUUCACACUCUCUGAAGCGCUGAAGUUCAUAGAAAAGAAGACCAAACAGCUUACAGAGUACACAGAGGUUCUUACCAAAGAUGCAGCAAAAAUUAAGGCCAACAUCCGCCUGGUUUUAGAGGGUUUAAGAGAGUUACAGGGUUUGACGGAUCUUCCUGAGACCAGAAGGAGAGAGGUGUUUUAACUACAGCUUAAUUUUGCAGUUGGAAACCCGGUCUCAUACUCCAGGCUUUCUUUGAGACAUUAUGUAUAACUGGGAUGGGUUUCAGGCUUCAUAUAAUGUAACUAUUGUAUAAAAUGACAUAAUUCAAUAAGACAUGGUUUCUUAAAAGGAUGUACUGUUAAUGAAGUGAAAUGGACUCAAUAAAAUGCAUCUUAUUUUCAAUA